AACAGUCAGUGUCUGGCUGUAUAGUUUGUCAUUGAAGGAGCCCCAUAGCUGCAAGAGGUGUGAGGGAAGUGGGUGGCAGUGUUGUGGAAUGUAGCAGCUGUGCUCACAUAGAGCCUUUGUGUUAUUGUUGGCUGUGAAAGGUUGAGUGCCAGGAGGGCAGUGCAAGGACAGCGUCAUGGCAUCGCAGGGGUACAGCGCAGACGAGUCCAGUGCGGACCGCAAUGUGGAGAUCUGGAAAAUCAAAAAACUUAUCAAGAGCUUGGAGAUGGCCAGAGGGAAUGGCACCUCCAUGAUCUCCCUCAUCAUCCCUCCAAAGGACCAGAUUGCGAGAGUCAGCAAGAUGUUGGCUGAUGAGUUCGGCACAGCUUCCAACAUCAAGUCCCGAGUCAACAGACUGUCCGUCUUGUCAGCCAUCACUUCUGUACAGCAGAGACUCAAACUCUACACUAAAGUUCCGCCCAACGGCUUAGUGAUCUACUGUGGUACCAUCGUCACUGAGGAGGGCAAGGAGAAGAAAGUUAACAUUGAUUUCGAACCUUUCAAACCAAUCAACACAUCUCUUUACUUGUGCGACAAUAAGUUCCACACGGAGGCACUCUCAGCACUGCUGGCAGACGACAACAAAUUUGGCUUCAUUGUAAUGGAUGGUAACGGAGCGCUCUUUGGCACGCUCCAAGGAAACACGCGAGAGGUCCUACACAAGUUUAAUGUCGAUUUACCCAAGAAACACGGUCGUGGUGGUCAGUCUGCCCUUCGAUUCGCCCGUUUGCGUAUGGAGAAGCGCCACAACUAUGUCAGAAAGGUUGCAGAGACGGCAGUGCAGCUCUUUAUCUCCAAUGACAAGCCCAACAUUGCGGGAUUAGUCUUAGCGGGUUCAGCCGACUUCAAGACUGAGCUCUCCCAGUCAGAUAUGUUUGACCCAAGGUUACAAGGCAAAGUUAUAAAGCUCGUUGAUGUGUCUUAUGGUGGAGAAAACGGCUUCAAUCAGGCCAUUGAAUUAGCUGCGGAGUCCCUAGCCAAUGUCAAGUUUAUUCAGGAGAAGAAACUCAUUGCCAAGUACUUUGAAGAGAUCAGCCAAGACACGGGGAAGUACUGCUUUGGUGUGGUGGACACACUCAAGGCUCUGGAAUGUGGAGCCGUGGAGAUCCUCAUCUGCUGGGAAAACCUUGAUCUUGUCAGAUAUGUGCUCAAGAAUCACCAGUCGGGAGAAGAGACCAUCCUGCACCUGACGCCUGAGCAGGAGAAGGACAAGACCCACUUCACUGACAAGACGACUGGAGUUGAGCUGGAGCUUGUGGACUCAAUGCCUUUACUAGAGUGGCUGGCGAAUAAUUACAAGAGUUUUGGUGCCACCUUGGAGAUCAUCACUGACCGCUCACAGGAAGGUUCCCAGUAUGUCCGAGGCUUUGGAGGCAUUGGAGGCAUCUUGCGUUAUAAGGUGGAUCUACAGCAGCUAACAGAUCUAGAGGAAGACUUCAACGACAUUGACUUAGACGACUACAUGUAAAUAUUUCCUGUCUGGACACUGCGCCUGGCAGUCAAGGAACACCACCACCUGGGUGGAUGAGGAACACCUUGCCUGCCCGACCCCUGCCGCUGUGCUGGGGCACCGCCUCCUGGGUGCUGUAUAGAUCUGGUGUUUCCUUGUUGAGAUGCAAAUUGUUCCCGAACCACUGGAGUAGUGUGGUUCUUCAUUGUUGCCUGACAAUCAGGCUUUUUCUGUUCUAUAAUAUAAAUUUUGAGUAUUAUUACCAGCAUCUAAUCCUGGGUAACAUUUUUACAAGGUGGCAUAUUGUGUGGGUGCUUGGGAGACUGCAUAUAGGUAGAGGGGAGGGAUGUCAGGGAAGGGAGGGGUCAUGGAGGCAGGACAGAGCUUGAAAGCUUCAGUAGAAACUUAUUGUCCGUGUCUGAAGUCAGGUUAGCUCUGCUUGUCUUGCAGCCACCUCCUCUGGUGCCUUGCAGGGCAGGGGAGGUGGCUCUUAAUCAUGGUUACAAGCAAGUCAUGAAGACCAUAUGGUUGUUUGACAUACAUGUAUGGCUUGAGACUCGCUUCACUUUUAUGUGCUGUGGAUAUAAAAAUGUUUUCAAUGAUUAAAGACAAUUAUAGGGAUAUGGGGUUAACUAUAGCAUUGUCAAAAUUACAGGAAAAGUUAGGUUUUAAUUGGAGCUAUUUUAAUUCAACCACAAUUAUUUAAGCUCAAAGGUUUAAAGAGUUUAAAUUUUUUGAUAUAUAUAUAUAUCAUGAGAGUACCUGCAUUUUGUAUUAACUUAGCUCAGCAUCUGUGGGAAUCAGGUGCUGAGUACUGGCCAUGGUGGGGGCUGGUGGCUGCUCCUUACUGAUCUGCAGAAAGACCACACCAGCCCAGAACUGUUAAUGCUGUAGUGAUCCUUCACCUCAGAAUAAGAAAAAAUUAACAACAAGCAUUUUCCCAUGUAUUUCAAGCAACCUGAUUCAGAUUUAAUAUUUUUUAUAUAUCUUGCGAAGAGACCACACGUGUAAUAGUACUGGAGUCUGCCCCAUGACCCAACAAAGAGUUGAUGCGAUAGACAUAGCGAUGAGUUUGUACAUCUGAUAAUCCAGGCAUAUUUCUUCUUUUGACACUGUGAUGAACCCUGUUGUUCCAUUGUUUGCUUCAGUUAGAUGUUACUCAUAGAUGGUCGUGGUCAGUCAUUUCUGAGGAGGUGGUCACACGUCGUUGUAGCAUCAGGCAUUUCCCAGAUACUCGAGGCCGGAGGAAAGCGUAGCCGUGCAAUUCAAAGGUGUAGAGGAUAUUGGGAGCCAGAAGGAAAGGGCUCAUGGUAUGAUGCGAGCCCAGUCCCUCCUGAUUGUGUAACUACUGUACUGUAAAUCCUGCUGGUGUGCAGGACUGUCCUACAUCUACGUUCACACUUUUUUUUUUUAUGCUCAAGAGAGCCACACAGGCUAUGGAUUUCAAGUUGUGCAUAUGGAAGCUGGUGAUGGGAGACUCUGGUGUGCCAGUGGAGGCUGCCAUGUGGAUGAUCUGCAGACAGUGUUUGUUGCUUGAUUCAGGAUCACAGAGUUGCCUGCCCUGUUUGAUAUACUAUAAGCCCCUAGUGUGGUUAAUUUUUGCCAAACUGUAGCAUCUUAUCUGUGCCUUAUUGGGUAUUUUUGUGUUCCUGUUCUUAUGAACAGGGUAUAUAAGUAUUUGCAAGGAAAUGAUAGAGUAGUAGGAAGCAUCAUUGGCUCUUGUCUUGAUAACGCAGUGUCAGCACAUUACCUCAGUUUGCACAUUACUUAGGUGAAGCCUCCCAGAACAGUUUUGAGUUGGGGCAUCGCCAGGACCAGCAGGCAUAUUGUGGACCUGAGGGGAGAGAAUUACUGUUUAUCCUCCUCACGACCUAAAGGAACAAGUCCACAGUGCCUUUGCUAAGAACUUAACUUGGAAUCUUGCUUACAAUCUUUUAGUUACUGAAGGCUUGCCUGAAAUUUUUUGUUUCUAUUGAUAGAAAAAAUUGAAGGCAACCCAUAAAGAAUGGUAUGUAUGGGUUAUUGGAUGAAAACUGUAAUAAGUUAUUGCUGAAUUCAUUCUAUCACAAGCUGUUCUCUGCCAACUCUGAUCAGAAUUAAUGAAGCUAAAAUCUGCUUUGAUAAAUUUCAUGAACAUGGUGAAUGAAAACCUAAAUAUUACAUGUUUGCACUUUGUGAAUCAGCCGUGAUUCAGAGUGAUUGAUUGUUCUUCAAGGCAGACACUAUCCAUCCAUAUAUAAGGAAAAUUCCCACAUAUGGCUAUAUAAAAUUGUUGGUGUAGGGCUUGUGCAACACUCCGUUAACCCAUCAGCUUUAUCAUUACCUGUUUCUGUAGGAUGAUUUUGACAUUUUGUGAAAGUUCAUUGACUCUUGAGACUUAACAGUGUAAGUGAUCUGGAAAUCAAUGAAGUCCCCCAGCCCAAACAGCCGCCAGUGUAUUAUUGUUUUUCUCUAGGGUUCUCGACACCUGUAUGGAUUGGCUAUUAAAACACUUAAGGGAAAAUA